AUGCUUCCGACCGGAGCCCCAGUGGAGAGACGACGAGAUGUUGGGGAAGAUGAAGUCCACAUGACCUCAGGAGUCGGGAUGGCCCGCCACGUGUUUUCAAUCUUCUCGCCUGCCAAACUCUGGUCCUCCAGCGCUCCAGAGUCUCGACACCAGUCCGCAAUCCGCUCAAGGAAGGUAGCCCACGGACUCCACGAAGUGCGUAUAUGCGCGCCGUUUGGUCCUGGAAGCCAGACCUCCGCCCGGCACCGCGAGUGUCCGCCCAAUCUGGAUCUCAUCUUGCCCAACCUCCUGCGCUUUCGCAACCUUCGCUCACUCGCCUUCAUUCAUGUCCCGUUCAGCCUUCUUCAUCUUGAUGGAUUGCGCUCUCUCAAACAUAUAGGCAGCUCCCUCUUCUACAGGUAUCGCGCGGCCAGUUUGCCUGGUGAUCACCUUGCGCUCCGGAGCACUCGGCCUGCACCAAGCCAGCUACUCGACAUACGCGAUCUUUCUCUAGUAGAGGAUAGUCACUUCAAACCUAUCCGCGUCGCUCUCGGUAUACCCUACAUACAUUCCCUUGCCAGCCUCAUCAUCUCGGAUGCACCCUGUGCUGCUGCAUUUCUACGCGUUAUCGCUCGUCGCUCCAAGAGCGCUAAGGUCCAGCUCGAGGAGGGGGCCUUCGUCGCACCCGACGACCUUGAGACAUGGAUCCACAAGGCAGGGGAUGCGGUCGCUCAGGUCGAUUCUCUCAAGGUGACUAUGUCCAAUCUCAGCACCAGCGUCCUGGAGAUGAUCGGUGCGUGCUGCCCACGCUUGAAGGAGCUCGAAAUGGACGUGAGCGGCGGCGUCGCAGUGGACAGCGAGAGUGCGAUAUCGUGAGUGAGGUGAAUAGGGAGCACUUCUCUGAAACGCUUCUGUCGCGUUGACAUAUGCCCCUUCUCGCUCGUGCGCGCAUUACCUCUCCCACGUAGGCGUCUAUCCCGGAUGUUCUAUGUGUUGAUCUAGCCCUCGAGUUCCCCAACGUCGGCAUACGUACGACGGAUGUGAAUAAUAUGACUUAAGUCCGUUACGAGUGUUCUUCUGUGGGUGCCUUCAUGUAUAGCUGGCUUCGUCUUCGUCGUCAUCAAUCUAUUGUCGCUCUGUCAUAUCCCUUUCG